ACUUCUUACCGUUUCCGAUCCGACUCCAACCAACAAAUCACAGCCAACGAACAAGAAAGACUAGAUCAACCAAAAUGACUUCUUCUUCUACUGACGCUCAUGUGAAGCUUAGGAGCUCAUUUUCGCAGUCUUCGUCUUCUCUCCACGCCCUCCUCCUCUCCUCUCUCAACCUGCUCCUCCUCGUUCUCGCCUCCGCCUCCUUCGCCCCUCUUUUUCUCCUCCGCACCUCCCCCACCUCCUUUGGUUGGACCCUCUUUGCCGUCUCCUCCUCCACUGCUCUCUCCGCCCUCCUCAGCCUCCUCUCCUCCCACCUCACCCGCCCCUGCUUCGCCGCCCACCUCCUUCUCGUCCUCGCUGCAUCCGUCGGCCAGGCUCUAGGCUUCCUCACGCUCCUCCUUCGGCCCGGGCCCAGCCUGCGCUUGCUAGGUUCAGCCCGUGGCGCGCGGGAUCAGCGGGCGCUGGCCCGGGUGGAGGCGGCACUGUUGUUGGGGAUGUUCCUGAUGCAGUCGCUAGCGCUGGUCACGGCCUGCACACUGCGACAGCGUUGGGUGCGGCAGUUCGAGGAGAUGGAGGCCGAUAGGGAGGAGGCGGCAGGGAGGAGGAGCCGGCGGAUGGCACGGGUGCAGGAGGAAGCCAUCGCCAACGCUGCGGCCGCGGCCAGGGAGCUCGAAGAGAAGUUGAGGAACAAGAAGGGACAGUGGGUGAAGAAUGAUCUGGAAGGCAGGAAGAUCUCUCCCGUUGAUUUCUAAUUACUGUCGAAUUAUAAAGUGCUUAGCUUUAAGUAACCAAGAUCGAAGAUGAUUUAUGUGGUGCUCACCAAAUUGCAAAUUCGUGCAUCGGCUGUGACACUGUGUACGUGGUGAAUUGUGAACUCUAUUACAAUAUGCAAAAUAACUAUAUGUUGUUGAUUAAUCA